AUGAGACGCACUGGUGGUGGUUUUGCUGAUGACCUGCCCUUGUUAUCAGAGUUGGACAAGAGAUUGGUGGCAGUUAUGGGUGGUCAAGAGUUUGCUUUUGGAGACUGUCAACUUGCAGUAGAUCCUUUUCACCACUCGGAACAUCAAAUGAUACAAGCAAACCCUUUGGCUUCUCCAGCAGAAAAAAUAAAUUUACAAUCAGAAAAUGAAGAAGUAGUGAUAGGAGUUUGUAUGUCCCCCAUUCCUGGCACCUCCCAGGGUACACCACAAUCACCUCCGCAUAAAAAAUCAAAACUUAAAUCCAUGCCACGUGUCAGGCAAUGUCGUUCUGUCACAAGAAAUAAUCAAGAUAUGGAACAACUGGUACAAAUUGAGGAGCAACGUGUCAGGGCGGAAACUAUAACUGCACAAGUAUUUGCAAAUGUUUCUACCGCAUUAGAUCGUAAUGCUGUAGCUGUGGAAAAUAUAGCCAGAGCCUUAGAGGGUUUAUCUGCUGUCAUUAAUAAUGGAUUCGCAAACAAAACACUACAACAUCAACAAUAG